CUCUGAAGUGCUGGUGCUGGUGUCGCGCCCGCUGGGUAGGCGGCUGCGGCGGAGAGGCUGGCGGGGCCGGGAUGCCUGGGCUGUCCACCAUCCCGGAACAGGGGCUCCCGGAGCCGAGCGCGCCGCGCCCGCACGCGGGCUUCGUGCUGGGGCUGGACGUGGGCAGUUCCGUGAUCCGCUGCCACGUCUAUGACCGCGCGGGGCGGAUCCGUGGGUCCAGCGCUCAGAAGGUAGAAAGUCUUUGUCCUCAACCUGGCUGGGUUGAAAUUGAUCCUGAUGUUCUCUGGCUUCAAUUUGUUGCUGUAAUAAAAGAAUCCGUCAAAGCUGCAGGAAUAGAGAUGAAUCAAGUUGUUGGUCUUGGCAUUUCAACACAGAGAGCAACUUUUAUUACAUGGAACAAGAAAACCGGAAAUCAUUUUCACAACUUCAUUAGUUGGCAAGAUCUGAGAGCUAUUGAACUUGUAAAGUCUUGGAAUAGUUCCCUUAUAAUGAAGCUAAUACACAGUUCCUGCCGAAUGCUUCACUUUUUCACCAGAAGUAAACGAUUUUUAGCAGCCAGUUUGUUCACUUUCACAACCCAACAUGUUUCUUUGAGAUUGGCCUGGAUUUUACAGAACCUGGUAGAGGUGCAAAAGGCAAUUGAAGAAGAAAAUUGCUGCUUUGGGACUGUUGAUACCUGGCUGUUACAUAAGCUCACAAAAGGUUCUGAAUUUGCCACGGAUUUUUCAAACGCGAGUACAACUGGACUUUUUGACCCAUAUGAGAUGUGUUGGAGCGGCCUCAUUACUUCUCUGCUUUCGAUACCACUCUCUCUCCUGCCUCCCGUGAGGGACACCAGCUUCAAUUUUGGAUCAGUGGAUGAAGAGAUAUUUGGUGUGCCUAUACCAAUAAUGGCCUUGGUGGCCGACCAGCAGUCAGCCAUGUUUGGGGAGUGCUGCUUCCAGACCGGGGACGUGAAGCUGACCAUGGGCACUGGGACGUUCCUGGAUAUCAACACUGGAAAUAACCCUCAACAGAAUGUUGGAGGCUUCUAUCCAUUAAUUGGGUGGAAGAUUGGACGGGAGGUUGUGUGCUUGGCUGAAGGCAAUGCAGGAGACACUGGAACUGCCAUACAGUGGGCCCAGCAGUUGGAUCUUUUCACAGAUGCUGCUGAAACGGAAAAAAUGGCCAGAAGUCUGGAAGAUUCUGAAGGAGUUUAUUUUGUUCCGUGUUUUAGUGGAUUGCAGGCUCCAUUAAAUGACCCCUGUGCUUGUGCCUCUUUUAUGGGUUUGAAGGCGUCCACGAGGAAAUACCAUCUUGUACGGGCGAUACUGGAGUCCAUAGCGUUCAGAAACAAACAGUUAUAUGAGGUGAUGCAGAAAGAGAUCCCUAUUCCUGUAACAAAAAUCCGGGCAGACGGCGGAGUUUGUAAGAACAGUUUUGUCAUGCAGAUGACGUCGGACCUGAUCAAUGAGGAUAUAGACAGACCUGUCCACCUUGAUAUGUCAUGCUUCGGUGCCGCUUCUCUAGCUGGCCUUGCUCUUGGGUUUUGGAGUGACAAGGAGGAGCUGAAGAAGCUGAGGCGGAGUGAAGUGGUUUUUAAGCCGCAGAAGAAAUGGCAGGAGUACGAGGGGAGCAUGGAGAACUGGGUGCGCGCGGUGAAGCGCUCCAUGAACUGGUACAACAAGACCUAGCGGCCAGCUGGGCCCCGGCGGGACGGCGGGACUGCGGAUGCGACCGCGCUCCGAGGGGAGCCAGCCCAGCGGGGGCGGAGCAGACCGAAGACGAGCCUUGCAACUGGAGAGAAAGAGCAUUGCUUUUUGAAAACAACAACAGACAAAAAUUUUAAAAGCCUUUUUUUAACCCAAACCUUGGAAAGAUUCUAAGGCAGCAAGACCUCAAAACUUUGUAUCUUCUGUUUUAUAGCAAAUUCCAAAGGACAUUAGCCAUUAACAAUUAUGUUUUGACAGUUAUGAGUCUUCCUUUUUUAAAUACCAGGUCAGUGGUACAUAUGAACAUAAUUAUUUACUAUCCAAAUCAAUAGUUCUGGGUCAGGAACAUUUGCAUUUUGUUCUAAGACUACAUGAAAAGUAUUCCUUUAUUUAAAACUAUUCAGACCCCACAUGGCUAAAAAUAGAGAAUAACUGAGGAAAUGUGGAAUUUUGAAUAAUAUUUUAUAUUUGAAGCCAUAAUUAUUUAAUGUUGUAUCCAAAUACAAGCUCAAUACGUUGAUCUCAGAUGGACUUAUUUGUCAGUCGGUUCUUUCCUUACUGACUUAAAGGCACUCUUAAUUUUUUCUUGUUCAGCCAAUCUCUGAGCAUUGUUUAUGUCUUAAAAACACUGAAAAAUAAUUUUAGCUAAUGAAACUAAAAAGGGUAUUGAUUUCUAAGGAACUAGAAAAUACUAUAUUUUUCUUUUUAAAUACUAUUUCUUUCGAAAACUUCUGGCUAAAGUAUAACAUCU